CCUGGGGGCCACUUUUCUCAGAGCUAUCUAGAGGUGGGAGGGGAAAUUUCUCUUGAUUUUGCCCCCGAGCUCCAUCUCCUUGGCUGUACAAGCCCCUCCUCCCCCUCUAGCUAGCUAGCUCUAUAUAUAUAUAUCUGCAGCUAGCUUUGAUCUACUACACUCCACUACCUAGUACCUUGGUACCUAUGCUCUGAGAGAUCACCUGCAAGAUGGCUGGAACAAGCAGUUUGUCAGGGUUCAGUCUCACUGGAACACUCACUCUGACCACAGUCAAGUCCAAGUCAAUAUUCAAGGGACAGGCUCAUAAGAACUACUGGUUCUGGUUUGAUGAACAAAGUUGUCGGCUCAAGUACUACAAGAGCAGGGAGACUUACAUUGCUAAAGUCUACGAACCAUUUGGCUACAUGGACCUACGCUAUGCCAAGGUCACUCCAGGUAUUGCCAAUGGCUACAAUAGCAAGCAGUUUCUUAUAAGUAUUCAACGAGACAGUCAACAACUCUACCUCCUCUCAGCUGGCUCUGACCAGGACGCCCUCACAUGGAUAGAGAAGUUGCAGGAGAAACGCAGUGAGUAUAUAAAGGUGAGCUCUGCUAUAGAGGAUAAUGCUCAGGUGCAGGAGAAAGAGAGGAAAGUGUUCAGACCUCCUAACACACAACCGGCUAGUGUGUUAGCUGCCAAUGAGGCUAGAUCAUCGCCUCCUUCUGUACGCAAGAUCUUCAGCAGUCGCCUCCCUGCAGUCACACUAGACAGAAAGUCUUCUGGUAGUAUGGACACCUUAUUGGGAGCAUCACCACCUGUCACCACAUCAUUACAGGAUCCCUCUAGUGACGAACAAGUAGGCUCAUUAUUAGAGCCUCAAGAAAGGCAACGAUUGGAGCUAGAGACCAAACUGUUGGAAGCUCGUGGUGAAGUUGACAGUGGUAGAAGAGAGUUGAUGACUGUGAAUAGAGUAUUGGAAGCCAGAGAGAGAGAGUUGACUGAUCUCAAAGGAGAGGUGGCAGAACUGAAGGAAGAGUUAGCAAAGCUACACAAACCAGCCAGUGCCUUACAGCUAGAGAAUGAGAGCUUGAAGGAUGUCCUGGAUCAGCAUAGACGAUCUCUUAAGACAUUGGAUGAGGAGAUCAACUUACACAGACUCAAUCAAGCAGAGCAUGACAAGAGAAUAUCUGCAGAGAAACUGAAACUAGUGGAGAGAGAGAGAGAGUUGGUUUGGGUGAAGGCCAAGUACACCAGACUAUUCAGUGACAAGUUCAAGCCAUCCGUACAUGGUCCUGGAGAUGAGGAUGAGUUGGUAGAGGAGGGGGCUAAUACUGAGUUGGUGGAGUUGUUGGCUCAGGAGAGUGGUGGUCAGAUCAGUGCAGACAGGGAACCUUUUGAGGAUCAAUAUGGAGACAUGCACGACUGGACAAGUGGAGUCACCACUCAAUUAUACCUCUGUAGACAACUCUACCUUCACUACACACUUCAGGAGGGGGAUGUGCUCACAGAUGAGUGGGUGGGAUACUUUGCUGCUGCUGCAAAGGGAAGAGGGAAAUCUCAAUUAGAGCUGCCACCAUCUGGAGAUAGGUCAAAGAAACGGGAGUUGAGGAAUUUGCUGCGUAGAGGAUUGCCUCUUCAGUUCAGGACUAAAGUAUGGACAGGUCUGAUACAGAAGAUAGUUGGCAAGACUAGAGAUGUGAGGAAUGAGACAGCUGGGAAGGACACUAGUUACUACCAGUCCCUCCUCAAAGCCAAGCACACAAGUGCUUAUGUGAAACAAAUUCAACUUGACCUUUAUCGAACCCUUCCAUCCAACACUCACUUCCAGCGUGGAGGGAAUGGGGCUGCUAAACUGGAGAAUGUGCUCCUGGCCUACAGUAUUCACAACAAGAACGUGGGCUACUGUCAAGGUAUGAACAUGUUGGCUGCCAUUGGACUACUCUUCCUAGAUGAAGAGACUGACUUCUGGUUCUUGGUGUGUGUGAUAGACAAACUGAUGCCUCAACAGUACUUCUCUCCUGGACUGUUGGCCCCUCAAGCUGACCAGGCUGUGGUACGAGAGCUAGUGGCCACACAACUUCCACUCCUCUCCCAUCAUCUCCAGCGCUACUCCAUUGAUGUAACUCUAGUCACCUUCAACUGGUUUCUCACUCUGUUUGUAGAUGCCCUCCCCACAGAGACAGUGCUUAGAAUUCUCGAUUGUUUUCUUCUGGAGGGGACUAAAGUUUUGUUUCGAAUGUCUUUGGGGAUCCUUAAAAUCAAUGAAAAGAAGAUUCUGAGUCUAACAGAUCCGGUUGGAUUGUUCCAGUUCUUGAAAGAGUUGGCUAGACAUACGUACGAUAUUGAAGCUCUCUUUCAGGCUGCCUUUGUGGACCUCAACCCCUUUCCCAAGCGUAGUCACUUGAGCUCUAGGCAUGCAGUACACUUUGCUGUAGCUCGUACUGCUUGGAAUGAGAGAGAGAGAGUGCGUGAAGCUCUGAGUGCUGUCAAGAGUGCUCUCCCUCCUUCUCCUGACAAGAGGCGUGUGAUGUGGGAGACUGGCUGUGUGCGGGAAGAGACUGAGUUGUGGAUGACUGCCUCAGAGGACCAACUCACGCAUAUCUUUAUUCUAGACCCAGACCUAGGAUCACCAGUACAAGUCACUCUGCCUCAGGUGGGGUCUCGUGUUAUCUGCAUGACCUACAUGAGUUGGACUGGGGUGAUUUUACUGGGAACACUGGACUUCUAUGUGCAUGCAGUAUCUGGUUCUGAGCAAUGUCAUCUCUGGUCUAUCAAGCUCAAUGAUUCUGUACUCAGUUUGGCAGUAAAUGAGCUCUCUUCUUGUGUCUAUGCUGCUCUAGCUGAUGGAUGCAUUGCUGUCCUACAGACUCCCAGUUCAUCAUUACCACAAGAUGACCCUCUGUUUGUGCGUAUUGGGUCCAGUGCUCCAGUGCAAUGCAUGGUUCUCAAUGAAACCAAGAGAGAGCUCUGGUGUGGAUGUGCUAAAGCUGUCACAGUCAUCUCCACAGGAACACUGGAGGCUGUACAAUCAGUCACCAUGCCAGACCAAGUAGGAAAGGUCUACAAAAUGGAGUGUGGUGAUCAAGGGAUUUGGAUCACCUUCAGAAAGACAACUCUUGUCUGCUUGUUUGACACUGACUACUACAUCAAGCUGUUGCAACUAGACUACACUGCUCUGCUACCUUCCCCCCGAGGUCUAGUGGACCACAAGACCCAGCAACAACAGCAAGAGAUGCGAAUAACGUCGAUACUGUACGAUAAGGGAAAGCUUCUCAUAGGAACUGGAGGUGGUUGUGUGCACCUGUUCACAGUAGCAGCUGGUGUGCCUAAUCCAUCGUCUCGUGUAAAGGCCCUAGCACACAAGCUGACCGGGGGACAGGAGAGUGUGCCAGAGUUCAGAGGAAGGAUUGGCUCUGGUGGUCUGUUGUCUUCAGUGACUCAAGAUGAUGGUCAUUUAAACAGAAGGAGGCAAACAGUAUUUGCUCACAACACAGUGCGUGGGCGUAAGGGUGGUGGCAGUAGUCCUGGAGUGUACAAGCUCUCCUACAUAGAGACUCUUGAUGUUCAAGAGAGGUCAUCUACAGAGCCUGUGCGAACACUACUGACUCUUAGGGGAGACAUUGUGAGCUGUGUACCUAACCCCUCUGAUUGGAGAGAUGGACUGCAGCUAUGGACACACUCCACCAAUGAUGAGUGGGAGUGUCACUACAUGCAAGCAGCUCUAGACAGCCAAACUAAAUGACAUUUUGUUUAAUUUGUCUUGGUGUGUUGUGUGAUAUAAUAAUUCUAAUUAUAAUUAUAGAAAGUACAUUCAUCCGUCCACUUAUGAAUUAAUUUCACUGUUGCAUCGUUUAUACGCCCUCGUUAUUUAUAUCAUGAGCUAUAUACAAAUUUGA